UGGGGCCCGGGCGCCUUUUCCCAUCCCAAGCGGGAGCCCGCCAUGUGGAUCCAGGUCCGCACCAUCGACGGCGCCCAGACUCAGACCAUCGAAGACCUGAGCCGCCUCACCAAGAUCGAGAGUCUCCGCGAGAAGAUCCGGGAAAGCUUUCGCGUGAGCCCCGACCGACAGCGCCUUUUCUACCGGGGCAAGCAGCUUGAAGAUGGACAUACAUUAUUUGAUUAUAAUGUUGGACUGAAUGAUAUAGUUCAGCUUUUGAUACGUUCAGAGUCUGAUGCUCUUACUACUCCAUUAACUAAUAAAGAUAGAAAGGCUGUUCCCUGUGCAGUUGCCAACUGUAAGAACAAAGUCAAGCAAAGAACAAACAGUGGAUCAUCCAAUGAGCCUUCUACAUCAGCCCGCUCAUUUCUUAUUGAUCCUGGCAUUGGACGAUAUAAGAUAAAUGAAUUGGUGGAUGCCCGAGAUGACACUAUUGGAUCCUGGUUUGAAGCUCAUAUAGAAAAUGUUACUCGAGCAACAAAAGGACAUAAAAAUGGAAAAGCUCAAGGAAAGAGUGGCAGUAAUUACAAAAGGACUAAUGGAAAUUUAAGUCAAGAUCACUCUAGAGAAAAGACAAAUAAUUUGGACAGUACACCUUCCACAUCUUAUUCAGAUUAUAUGGACAAUGAUGAAGAUAUUAUUUAUCAUAUCAAGUAUGAUGAAUAUCCAGAAAGUGGCAUUGUAAAUAUGACUGUCCAUAAUCUACGACCACGAGCAAGAACUAUUUUGAAAUGGAAUGAAUUACGUGUGGGUGAUAUGGUAAUGGUUAACUACAAUGUAGAGAGUCCUGAAGAAAGAGGAUUCUGGUUUGAUGCAGAAAUUACCUCUUUAAGGGAAAUUUCAAGGACUAACAAAGAAAUUUAUGCCAAAAUUAUGUUGGGAGGCCCAGAAAAUAUAAUAAAUGAUUGCAAACUACUUUUUACUGAGGAAAUAUACAAGAUUGAAAAGCCAGGAGCAUAUCCUCUGACGUUUGCAGAUGGAGAGUUCAAAAGAAAGAGUGGCCCUGAAUGCAAGCAUUGCCGAGCUGAUCCAGAUAAAGAAUGUCGAUUUUGCUCGUGUUAUUUGUGUGGAGGGAAACAGGAUGCUCACAUGCAACUUCUCUGUGAUGAGUGUAACAUGGCCUACCACAUAUACUGCCUGAAUCCACCUUUAAGCAAGAUACCCGAAGAUGAGGACUGGUAUUGUCCUUCCUGUAAAAAUGAUUCCAAUGAAGUUGUAAAAGCUGGGGAAAAACUCAAGCAGAGUAAAAAGAAAGCAAAGAUGCCAUCUGCCUGCACUGACAGCCAGAGGGACUGGGGCAAGGGUAUGGCCUGUGUUGGGCGUACUAAGGAAUGUACUAUUGUUCCUUCCAACCACUAUGGACCUAUUCCUGGAGUUCCUGUAGGAACAACCUGGAAAUUCAGAGUACAGGUGAGUGAAGCAGGUGUCCACAGACCACAUGUUGGUGGAAUUCAUGGUCGUAGUAAUGAUGGAGCUUACUCACUUGUGCUGGCUGGAGGAUUUGAAGAUGAAGUGGACCGAGGUGAUGAAUUCACUUAUACUGGGAGUGGUGGGAGAGAUCUUUCUGGCAAUAAAAGGAUUGGAGAACAUUCAUUUGAUCAAACUUUAACACAUAUGAACAGGGCACUGGCCCUAAAUUGUGAUGCCCCACUGGAUGAUAAAAAUGGAGCAGAGUCUAAAAACUGGAGAGCUGGUAAACCAGUUCGAGUGGUUCGCAGCUCAAAAGGGCGAAGGAUUAGCAAAUAUGCUCCAGAAGAAGGCAAUAGAUAUGACGGCAUUUAUAAGGUGGUAAAAUAUUGGCCAGAAAUUGGAAAGUGCGGAUUCUUAGUUUGGCGCUAUCUUUUGAGAAGGGAUGAUGCUGAACCUGCACCUUGGACUUCAGAAGGAACUGAACGGACAAAGAAACUGGGCCUGAGUUUACAGUAUCCAGAAGGCUAUUUGGAAGCCAUGGCUAGUAAAGAAAAGAAGGAUAAAGUCAAAAAACAAAUUGUGAAACUGGAGCCAACAGAACGGAGUAAUGGAAAUCAAAAAAGGCCAGUUGAUGAUGAAGCUGUAGAAGAACCUCCAAAAACAGCCAAAGCCAGGCGGAUGGGAGAUGGAGGGAAAGGUGAAGCUUUCCAGCUGACUCAGCAACAACAGUGGUUGAUUCAGGAAGACUCUCCAAACCAGAAGCUGUGGGAUGAAGUUCUUGCUUCUCUUAAGGAAGGACCAAAUUUUUUGAAGAAACUGGAACAAUCCUUUAUGUGUGUCUGCUGCCAGGAGCUGGUUUACCAACCGGUGACCACAGAGUGCCUCCACAAUGUCUGUAAAAGCUGCUUACAGCGCUCUUUCAGAGCUGAAGUCUUCACCUGCCCCGCCUGUCGACAUGACCUUGGAAAGAGCUACAUCAUGGUUCCCAACAAGAUCCUGCAGACACUACUUGACCAGUUCUUCCCUGGUUACAGCAAAGGACGAUGAUACGUGAUUGGUCCUACAUUCUUCUUCUAAUGACUUAUGGACUGUAAAAAGAGAAGAAACCAGGAAAGCUCAACAGUGGACCAGAUGGCAAGGGAAAUUCACUUUAUGGCCGCAUUGUGAAACAGCUAAUCCAAUUCUCUUUCCCAUUUAGCAGUCUUUUGGUGUAGCAAGAACUUUGAAUUCUCAGCUGUCUUUCAAACACUGAAGGUAGUUUUGGACAGAUGACAACUAGUUUGUACACAGGAAAAAUAGAGGAUUCAGCUCUGACUGGCUACGGUAGCUGAAGUUUCAAAUUACAAUUUCAAUUUUUGUAACUACCUCAGAUGGAGGGAAACAAUUUGUGGGGAAUUUUAAGAGCUUGUUGAAUGAGUUUAGCUACACACCGCCUCCUGAAUAAUUAAUUUUGCCUCGUACAUGCAGUUUGAUUUUUACCAACACAAUACAGCACUUAAUCCAUCUUUGAUUACAGAAUAUCAGCCUCUGUGGUGUGCAUAAUCCUUGUUUGUGUUUCCUCCCGUUAUGCUGUAUUUCUUUCUUUUGCAAGAACAGGCUUUUAGUCUAUUUUGGUGAGCGUCCUUGUGCUCUCGUAUCUUAUGCAAGUUGACUACUAAUGACUGAGAACAAUAUGAAUGCAUCGUUGCUGUUAAUGUAAAGUGAUUUGUGUUUUUUGCACUUAAGAGGUAUUCCAGACACUCGACUUGUGUAAAAACUAUUUCAUAUGAACCAAGCUACUUUUUGUAUUGGGUAAUACUGUAUGCUUUUAGUAGGUCUUGUUAUCAGUGGCAAUACAUCUUAACACAGCAUUGAGAGCAGUGCUAGCUUGGACAGGGCUCAAAUUGCUUCAUAUUGUGAUCUGAAAUUUUAUAUACAGUAUAUUCUGCCUCCCCGUAUACCUUAUUAAAUAUUUUAUGAUUCAGAAAA